AUGUCGAGUUUGGGUGAUAUUUCUUUGAUUUCUCAACUUACUCGGUUGCUCAUACGUGGUGACGAAGAACUUAUUGACGAUUUAUCAUGGAUACUUGUCAAUAUGUUUCGUCGACACGAAAAACAGCCAUUUACUGAUGAUGUUCGUGGCCAGGUGCUACCCACAUUCUGUGGACUCAUACGACGAGCUACUUCUCCGAAAAAUACGGUCCCCGUACAACUAGAAAACUCUGUUCUAUCACAACUUUUAUGGUCCACAGCUGCGUUGGUGGAAGCUUCAGUCGCUAAUAGGAAUUAUGUUGUUGGCUAUGGUAUCAUACAAGAUAUCUUGCACAUAGCUUCAAAAAAUAAAAAGCUCGUCAUUCUGAGGCAUAUCAUGUUUCUGAUCGCUGUAUUAUUCGCAAAUAUCCAUGAUUUCACCCCCGACAUUGCAGAGGUAUGUCUUUUAACAAAGUAACU